AGUAGCGCUGUCAUGGCCAUCGGAUCGACUGGCUGCGUGGCCUACAAUCCAUUGCAAAGAACGGCAUACGGAUAUGUGCCCUCGCUGGCUGCUGGCAUUGUCUAUUGCGUCCUCUUUGGACUCUCGAUGAUCGCGCAUACCUUCCAGGCCAUCAAGACAAGAGCGCUAUGGAACCUCGUCUUUGCCGUCGGUUGUUUGACUGAAGUACUGGGCUGGGCUGCUCGAACCUGGUCGAGUGAAUGUCCCUACAAUGCAAACGCCUUUCUGAUGCAGAUUUGUACACUGAUCAUUGCGCCCACGUUCUUCACUGCCGGAAUCUAUGUCAUCCUCGGACGCAUGAUCGCCAUUGCGGGGCCUGGAGUCAGUCCUAUCGGACCUGUCUGGUACCUCUGGAUCUUCUGUACUGUCGAUAUCAUCUCUCUGGUCAUCCAAGCUGUUGGUGGCGGUUCAGCAGCUGUCGCGUUCAAUUCGACGCCCCCUGGUAACACCAAGGUCGGAACCAACAUCAUGGUAGCUGGUAUCGACUUCCAACUGGCCUCGGUCAUCGUCUUCAGCAUUCUCUUCUUCCUUUUCCUCUACAGAGCAUCCGUCAAGCUACGCCUUCCCGCCUUCAAGAACGACAGGAACAUGAAACUCCUUGUCCUCGUUACAUCGUUCUCAAUCCUUCUCAUCAUCAUGAGAAGCAUCUAUCGUACGAUCGAACUCGCUGGCGGUUGGACCGGACGUGUCAUCGAAACUGAGAGAUACUUCAUCGCCCUUGAUGGUGCACCUAUGGCUGCCCUUGUCAUCGCUUUCAACAUCCUACAUCCUGGUGCUCUGAUCAAUCGCGUCAUUGCUCGCAAUGGUGUCCAGAUGGAUGAGAAGCCAUCGAAAAACUCCAGCGAACAUGACGCUCCUGUGUUGGGCGCAUCUGCCUGA